AUGUACGAAGACUCGUUGUACAGCUUCGUACCCGAAUUCCAGCAUCGCCGUGCCCCCUCCACAACAACCCAGCCAUCCUCGGGCCACCAACGCAAGGCGUCCCUUCUCCAACCACCCACCACCGAAGCUGCAGAAGCAGAAGCUCCCCAACCCCUCGCUGCACUUCUUGAGGCGCAAGAGGACGACGCGAAUGUCCCGCCCGAGCCAAGCGUGCCUCGUCGCGCCAAGUCAUACUCGGAUUUUCAUGACAUUGUUCGCGUACAGGCGACGGUGCAUGUGCGGAAAAGGAAACAGAAGACUAGAAGGAGAAGAGGGAGCGGGCGCGGAUGGGAGGCACUAGCUGUGCCGGAGAGCGUAGAGGCCCAAUUACCGCAGGCCGAAGAGCCUGAAGAGGAAGAAGGUGUUGAAGAGGAGUUGCUGAAGGCUAGUCAGGGGGAAUAUUUACUCUACCAUGAGGAACUCGCUUUGGCAGAACGUCAUCUCACCACCCUCAUUAACGACACAGACAACGCACUACGUCUGCUCGAGUCGCUAUGCACAUCGUUCGCCACCGUCGACGAACAAACAGGUUCGUUCCGGGCACAGUGUGAUGGCCUAGUGACAGAGCAGAAGCGCUUGCAGGCUCUGGCUGAGGAUGUGGGACGCGACCUGCAGUACUACACCUACCUCGACUCAGCGACACGGCGGCUGAAUGCCCCUGGGGCCGGCAGGCUUAUGCUAAUUCUACAGUCCACCUACCGCGAUGCCGAGUCCUACCUCGCGCGCUACCAAUCACUGCUCACCAAGGCUCUACACCUCCUUGAAGUAGGCUUCAAAAAUCAUCUCAACAAGGUAUCCGCGGAAGUAGGCAAGCAAAUCGCCGCCACGCAAUCUGAAUCUGCCCGUCAUGCCCUCGCAUACGGUCGCUUUGAAGAACUUGUCCUCGAGUCCUACAACCUGAUCCCCAACCUGCAGCACGUCGUGCGCAGCGCCUAUAACGAGGCUGGGCAUCCUACAGGUCUGCCGACCGCCGAUAUUUACGCCAACACUGUGAACAACUUGUUCCACGCGUACUGGAAUGUCAGAGAACGCGACCUGAAGCCCAUCAUCCAGCACGACUUGGACACCUUCCGUGCCGAGGCCAAGGAGUCGCUCGCUGCCGCAGCACACGCCUUCAUCAAACAAGCGUUCGAGCGUGCCUUCAGCGAAGCCUGUCUCUUCGGACGUAUCUUCUCCAUUGAGCCAGCACACUCAACUGACGCAAAGUCAGCCUUUGCCGCGCUUAAGGGCCAUCAACGGUCUAUCCCCACGGGGACUAACAUCGCUCCUAUCGCGACGACGCUCCAGUCUGCGCUGCAAAACGCCCCUCUGGAGACGGUGUGCGAUGUCGUCGGCUGGAUCCUGCACGAGUACUUACUGUCAGACUUUGACCCUUCCGAGGAAGAAGAGGAGACGCCCCUUGCCGUCCGCAGCCGCGAGUGGGCAUUCCGCCUGCUCGCCGAGCAUCUCUGGACCUUCACAGACUCCCUUUUCGACGCUGAAAUCACCAAGUCCAUCAUCAAAGCCCCCCUAACCCCAGACUCCCUCAAGAUGGGGCCAACAACAGGAAACGAUGUUUCCUCCAACGCCUUCCCAACUGUGAAACACGCACUCGAACUCCUCGUGCUCUUUGACCAGUCCAUGCCGAAAGAGCGCUCCGCUAGGAAUAGCCCUGUCGUCUUCCGCAUAAUCACAGAAACUAUCUCCUCCCUACAGCGCGCCGAGGCUCGCAUCCGCUCUGUCAAACCUCACUCACCAACAGAUCCCGACCUCUUUAUGAUCAAGAAUCUGCUCCUCCUCAAAAACGAGCUGGUCACCCUCGAGAUUGGCGACAUCCGUGCUGCGCCCCAUCAGACCGCCGUUGCGGCGCUUGCGGACAGGGGGGUCCAGCAUUUCGCGCAGAUUUGGGAUACGCUGAGGAGGAAUGCGCCACAAGGGGGGUUGCUGGGAGGGAUUUGGAAUGGGAUUGGGCGCGUGGGGAGUACUCUGGCGCCGUUGAGCGGGUAUAUACCUGGGUCGUCGCUUUUCGGGGCUGGGCAGGGACAAGCGGCUGGAGCUGGAGGUCAAGCUGGUGCUGGCGUAGCAGGAGUAGGAGGGGGAAGUGGCGUGCAGGAUGCGCAUGAGAGGCUGGAUGGGCUGUUGAGGCAGCAUAUCGGGGCGUUUACGAAGCGCUGGGCGGGGACGUUGCAUGAUGCCCGGUCUGGGAGGCUAGGAGGGAAAAAUUUGGGGAAGGUGGAGAAGGAGUUGGAGGAGAUGUUAGAGAGGGCGUUUAGUGGGCAGCCGGAGAUUGUGGCUAAGUUAAGGGAGGCGAUCGCGAUUGAGAUGGAGGGUAUUGGGAGGGAGAGGGUGAGAAGGGUGUAA